AUGGUUAUUUCACCUCCUCCACCACACAAACUUCCACAAUCUGAUGUUGGUGGGCCUCAAAUGGUCAUACCACCCCCUCAACCAAACCAUCAUCUUGAUUCUGACGUUGGUGGCCCUCAAAUGGUCAUCCCACCACCCCUACCGCACAAACUUCCACAAUAUGAUGUUGGUGGGCCACCUCAAAUGGUCAUUCCACCCCCUCCACCACACCAUCGUCUUGAUUCUGACAGUGGCGACCCUCAAAUGGUCAUCCCACCACCUUCACCACACAAAUUUCCACAAUCCGAUGUCAGUGGACCUCAAAUGGUCAUUCCACCUCCUCCACCACACCAUCAUCUUGAUUUCGAUGUCGGUGGCCCUCAAAUGGUUAUUCCUCCAUCUCCAUCUCCACCACAUCACAUUUGCCUUUAA